UGAGCGCACUGUUGCUGUGUGCAAGUGGGCUUCGCGACAAUGGCGACCACUAUAAGAGUGCCAUGCUCUUCAGCAAAUAUCGGUCCUGGAUUCGAUGUUAUUGGUCUUGCCCUUUCCGUUUGGCUCGAACUGAAGAUUACCUUCGGCGAUGAGCAAUCCUCCGGACAACCAUACAACUGUCGAGUCACAUACGAGGGUCUCGGAAAAGAUGGCGUCGACUUAUCACCGGACCGCAAUUUGAUCACGCAGACUGCUCUUUAUGUCCUUCGAUGCCACGGCCAGAGGUCCUUCCCACCAAACACACAUGUGCACAUCAUCAACCCCAUUCCUCUGGGCAGAGGUCUCGGCUCUUCUGGUGCGGCAGUCGUUGCUGGUGUUGCGCUUGGAAGUGAAGCUGGGAAGCUAGGACUAUCCAAAGACCGCAUUUUAGACUUCUGCCUGAUGAUCGAACGCCAUCCCGACAAUGUCGCAGCGGCUCUCUACGGCGGCUUCGUCGGCAGCUAUCUCAAGGAGCUCAACCCAGAGGACAUGAAGCGCAAGGAGAUCCCCCUCGCCGAAGUUCUUCCCGCGCCGCAGGGUGGAGAGGACACCGGUCUGCAACCACCAAUCCCACCGCUCAACAUCGGAAAGCACAUUCGUUUCCCAUGGGCCAAGGAGAUCAAGUGCAUUGCCAUCAUUCCAGACUUUGAAGUCGCCACGGCGAAAGCUCGAAGUGUUCUCCCUACCACGUACGAGAAAGCGGAUGUCAUCUACAACCUUCAAAGGGUGGCAUUGUUGACGACAGCACUUGGCCAGAGCCCGCCGAACGCCGAGAUGAUCUAUGAUGGAAUGCAAGACAAAGUCCACCAGCCAUAUCGCAAGACUCUAAUUCCAGGUCUGACUGAGAUCCUACACUCUGUCACACCCGAGUCGCAUCCUGGACUACUCGGCAUCUGUCUUUCCGGAGCAGGUCCUACAAUCUUAGCGCUCGCGACCCAGAACUUCGAUGACAUCGCGAACCACAUUGUUGAGCAAUUCAAGAAGGAGAACAUCACAUGCCAGUGGAAGCUACUUGAGCCCGCCUACGAUGGUCUCACUGUCUCUCAAGACGCUUCGUCCAAGACACAAGACAAGACCGCCAUGACCUACGCCGACGCGGGUGUCUCCAUCGACGCCGGCAACCAGCUCGUCAAGUCCAUCAAAGCUGCAGUAGCAUCGACCCGCCGACCAGGUGCCGACGCCGAGAUUGGCGGCUUCGGUGGUGCCCUCGACUUGGCCGCCGCAGGCUACAAAGAAGCGCCGACUCUCAUACAAGCCAUCGAUGGCAUCGGCACGAAACUCAAGAUCGCCUUUGCCAUGAAUGACUUCUCCACAGUCGGCAUCGAUCUCGUAGCAAUGAACGUCAACGACCUCGUUGUGCAAGGCGCCGAACCGCUCACUUUCAUGGACUACUACGCCUGCUCAACCCUCAACAUUCCGGAUGCCGUUUCCUUCGUCGAAGGUGUCGCCCGAGGAUGCGUGGAAGCCGGCUGUGCGCUGGUCGGAGGCGAGACCGCAGAAAUGCCAGGCAUGUACCAAGACAACGAAUUCGAUGCCGGUGGAGCCGCAACGGGCGCCAUCAAGCGCGGCCAAAAGAUCCUCCCCGACAAAGCCUCCAUGAAAGAAGGCGACGUCCUCCUCGGGCUUUCUAGCAACGGCGUACACUCCAAUGGCUUCUCUCUUGUGCGCAAAGUCAUCGAGCGACAAGGUCUCAGCUUCACGGACGAUGCACCCUGGGAUAGCGGAAAGUCGGUCGGUCAGAGUCUCCUCACGCCGACGCGGAUUUACGUCAAACCCCUCCUCGCGGCAGUCCAGAAAGAUCUCCUGCUUGGAAUGGCGCACAUCACGGGUGGAGGAUUGGAAGACAACAUCCCGCGCAUGCUGCCCAAACAUCUCGCGGCGGAAGUCGACGCUUCGACGUGGGAGGUGCCGAAGGUUCUGCUAUGGCUGAAGCAGGCGGGUAAUGUGAGCAGUCGGGAGUUUGCGCGGACGUGGAAUACUGGGUUGGGAAUGGUGAUUGUUGUCAAGGAGGAGUUGGCGGAGGAUGCGACGAAGGUAUUGCAAGACGCUGGGGAGAAGGUCAGUCGGGUGGGCAGACUGGUCAGGAAGACGGACGAGGAAGUGAUUUUGAGAAAUUUUGAGCAUUGGAAUAGAUCGUAG